GUGUUUUAUUAUCCUUUACAAAUAAAAAAACAGGUGCAAUUUGGCUUUUAUCCCUUUUAUCAUUCAAACAAACAAACUUUAGAUUCAAUCAACUUUUGGGGUUCCUUUUCUUAAUUACAAAAAAAAAUAUAUUAUACUUUUUUACUCUAGUGAUGAUUAAUGUCAUUUAUGUUUUUAUCAUCUAUUUUCUUGUGUUUCUCUUUAUUCUCUUUAUUCUCUUUCUUCUCUUUUUAUUCUCUUAUCUCUACUUCUUGAAAAUGUGUUUAUUAUCUUAUGUUUAUUAUUAUUAUUACUAUCGGCAAAAUCAGAAAAGAAUUCAUCAUAGACUCAUACUUUAUCACGACCAAAUAUCCCAUUUCCACAUUUUUAUAUGACGAAGCAAAUGAAAAUAAAAGAUUUCUCUCUAUUUCUCUACUAUAACUUAACUUA